AUGAUGGUGGGAGUGAAUGGGGGAUCCUUGAAGCCCCACGACUGUGUGGCCAGAGUGGCUGAGGAGAGGAGGAUACGUAAGGGGUUGCACACAGAACCCCUGGCCGAGGCAGACUGGGACCUGUACACCGAUGGCAGCAGCCGUCGGGAAGCAGGCGGCAUACGAGCCUCGUAUGCCAUGGUCAGAGAUUCAGGGGGGGUAUACGACACCAUCAAGUCUGGGGAAAUCCCACAGCCUGCAUCUGCACAGCCAGCAGAGAUUACAGCCCUGACAAGGGCAUUAGAACUGAGUGAGGGACACCAAGUUUACAUCUUCACUGACUCCAAUUAUGCAUGGACCGCAGUCCACGUAGAGGGCACAGCAUGGGUUAGACAUGGUUUUAAAACCAGCACUGGGAGGCCGGUAAAACACGACCAGAGUUUGCGACGGUUGCUCCAGGCAGUGCAUCGUCCAAGGGAAGUGGCAGUAGUGGAAGUGCAAGGGCACUCUGUCUUACGUACCAGGGAAGCGCUGGGAAAUGAUGCAGCUGACAGGGCAGCCAAGCUCGCAGUGCAGAUUGUCACCCUGAG